UCUGCGCGGGCCAGAACCAGCACCAGCCGAGCGAGCCUCCCUCUUUAGCUCGAGUGAAGUGAGUAUACAACAACUGAUUGUAGGAGUCUUAGAAGUAGUUUACAAACUGUAUAUGUCCCAACUCAUGUGUCCAUGUAAACAGGAUUAUUAGGGAAAUCCUUCUUCUUGCAUUGCAUGUAAACAUUUUAAUCAAACUAUUACAUUAAUCUGACUAUCCACAGUAAUCACAUUAUUGUGUACUUGUAACAACACUCGUUGUUGUAUUGUUUCUUGCCUCAGUUGGCAGCAGGGAAAAGGAUCCUCCCUGAGGGUAGUGGGGGGUAAUAGACUAUUUUCACAUUUCAGUGACAGAUAGAGUAGACAGUAAGAAUGGGUUUCUCUGCUGGGUCAGGGUGUGUAAAAUAUCCAUCUCCAUAUCUUUCUCAGUGAGAGCAGAGGACCCUUUAUGAAGAACAAUUCAGGGUGAAUGUUUGAUGUGUUAGUUUGAUAGCGUUCAAUUGCAGUCCUUUCAUAAUGUAUCCGUUGUGCUUGGCUUUUUGUUCCUCCUGGGUGUAUGUACUGUAUGUACUGUAUGUACUGUAUGUACUGUAUGUGUGUGUGUUUGUGGUGCAAGCCUGGGUAUUACUCCUGCAGCUCACAUUACAUACAAUUGAAGCUAUUUUCUAGCGUCUUCUCUCUCUCUCUCCAUGCCUCUCUCUUUCUGCCUCUCUCUCCGUCCACUUCUCUCUCUCUCUCUCUUCCUGCCUCUCUCUUCCUGCCUCUCUCUCCGUCCACUUCUCUCUCUCUCUCUCUUCCUGCCUCUCUCUUCCUGCCCCUCUCUCCGUCCGCCUCUCUCUCCCUGCCGCUCUGUCCGUCCGCCUCUCUCUUCGUGCCUCUCUCUCCGUCCGCCUCUCUCUCUGCCCGGGGAGGGAAUGUAUUUCACGGUUAGGUGAGAGGUUCCUGCUCUCAAUACUGUUCUGCUAAUUAUCCAAUGCAUGUAUUUAAGAGGUCUCUGUUCCUCUCAGCUUUCCCUCUCGCUCUGGGUAAUCACAUAUUCCAGACCAGGAUCUUUCAUUAGACAGGACCCAAGCUGUUCAGUUAACUGUUAACUGUCUCAACAGAACACUUCAACUGGAUGAAGGUUAAUUCUUGUCUGCUGUUCUUGUUGUUUGUCGACUGUCUUGUGUAAGCUGUUUGUUGUUGUGAUUUGAGAGAUUUGUGGUAUCUCAAUGUUUUGUGAGAAUGCAGUUUGGAAGUCAUCAGAGUUAAUGCAGACAACUACCAGUUAAUAACCUAUCAAAAACGCAUGAGGCACUAAAGACCAGAGUUUCCCAUCCUAUCCUAGCCUUACCCCCGGUUCUAGCAGCCUAUGGCCAACUAUGUUCUCUUCAGCCAUUUUCCCUCUCCAGAGUGUGGUGUAUUGCUGUAGUGUUGUGUUUGCUAGUGUGGGUCUGUAUUUUAGUCCGCUUGCUGCUUCUGCUGGUUCUAGCAACUGCAUCAAUGUUAAUCUACACUGAACAAAAAUAUAAAUGCAACAUGUAAAUUGUUGGGCCCACGUUUCAUGAGCUGAAAUAAAAUGUCCAUAUGCACAAAAAGUGUAUUUCUCUAAAAUGUUUUGCACAAAUUUGUUUACAUCCCUGUUAGUGAGCAUUCCUCCUUUGCGAAGAUAAUCCAUCCACCUGAAAGCUGUGGCAUAUCAAUAAACUGAUUAAACAGCUUGAUCGUUACACAGGUGCACCUUGUGCUGGGGACAAUAAAAUGCCACUCUAUAAUGUGAAGUUUAAAAUUAUGAGGGAACGUGCAAUUUGCAUGCUGACUGCAGGAAUGUCAGAGAAUUUCAUGUUUAUUUCUCUACAAUAAGCCGCCUCCAAUUUCGUUUUAGAGAAUUUGGCAGUACGUCCAACCGGCUUCACAAUCGCAGACCACGUGUAUGGCGUCAUGUGGGCGAGCGGUUUGCUGAUGCCAACGUUGUGAACAGAGUGCCCCAUGGUGGCGGUGGGGUUAUGGUAUGGGCAGGCAGGCAGGCAUAAUCUAUGGAUAAUCAACACAAUUGCAUUUUAUUGAUGGCAUUGUGAUUGCACAGAGGUAUCGUGACGAGUUCCUGAGGCCCUUUGUCAUGACAUUCAUCCGCCGCCAUCACCUCAUGUUUCAGCUUGAUAAUGCACAGCCCCAUGUCGCAAGGAUCUGUACACAAUUACUGGAAGCUGAAAAUAUCAGAGUUAUUCCAUGUCCUGCAUACUCACCAAAUAUUUCACCCAUUGAGCACGUUUGGGAUGCUCUGGAUCAAUGUGUAUGAAAGUGUGCUCCAACUUCGCACAGCCAUUGAAGAGGAGUGGGACAACAGUCCACAGGCCACAAUCACCAGCCUGAUCAACUCUAUGUGAAGGAGAUGUGUCUCGCAGCAUGAGCCAAAUGGUGGUCCCACCAGAUACUGACUGGUUUUCUUAACCACGCCCCAACCUUUUUUUAAAGGUAUCUGUGACCAACAGAUACAUAUCUGUAUUCCCAGUCAUGUGAUAUCCAUAGAUUAGGACCUAAUGCAUUUAUUUCAAUUGACUGAUUUCCUUGUAUGAACUGUUACUCAGUAAAAUCUUUGGAAUUGUUGCAUGUUGUGUUUAUAUUUUUAUUCAGUAUAAUUCACUCUCUUUGAGUUGAUGACUAGCCAGCCGAGAACAGCAGAGACACUUCUGUUUUCUGGAGCAAGUCAAUGACCUUUACCCUUCUGUUCUGUUUGCUCUUCUCACUGUGUUUAUCUCUCGUGUGUUCCUAUUGGUUGAAUGGCCUCCUGUUGUGACUGUGCACUGGUGGAGCGAGCGCCGCUCCCCCCGGACAGCCAUCCUGAAACACGCUGGUGGGCCUCUCUUGCAUGAAUAGGCGAGCCACACAGGAAUGCGCUCCUACAUUUACAAUAAGAACUCUGUGAUUGGCUCGCAGGCAGAGCACGGUGGGAUGAGGACGUACUUCUUCAGUGCCGACACGCAGGAGGACAUGAAUGGUUGGAUCCGAGCCAUGAACCAGGCUGCUCUCAUGCAGAGUCAAGGCAUCAAGAGAGAGGCAGUCACAGAGAGACCAGAAAUGUCAGUUCAGCAGGCAGUACCACAGACCAACCACGUUAACAACAACAACACCAGGAAGAGCCCCUCCCAGUCGCGUUCAGGGAGCCUCCAGCGGCCCGAGAGAGAGGAGCCUCCGGAGGGGGAGAUCCGACUGAGCCAGGGGGACGAGGAGAGGUACGUGUUGGAGGCUCCUAGAAAGCUCAGCCAUCCAGCCACGGAGGUAGAGGUAGAGGUGGACAGGCUCUCCCCAGACACUCUCCCUGGCCCCUCACACCCCAGGAAUGGCCAGGCGCACACAUUCCUCGCCGCGCUGCCCCCUGAGCAGAAUGGGAACGUCGUGUAUAAGAGGGGCUUUGUCCCACGGACAGCCACAGAAAAGCAGGUGCAGAGGAAGACUGCUCUGGCUCAGGUGGAGCACUGGGUCAAAGUACAGAAGGGAGAUCCCAAGAGCAACACACCUACUACUGAGUACGCCCUCCCCCUUCCUCGGCGGACGCCUCCCCAGCAGCCUAAGGCCGUGGUAGUAGAGGCCUACCAGACAUUGCCAAAGACCCCCAGACUUCCGUCUGGCGGGAGCUCCCCUUCGGCGCCCCGCAACCUGCCCAGCGACUACAAAUACGCCCACGACCGGCUCAGCCACUUCCGCAUGUCCACCGAUGAGCGCAUGGCCACCAAGGAGGGCAUGGUGUGGCAGCUGUAUGAGUGGCAGCAGCGCCAGCAGUUCCGCCACGGCAGCCCCACGGCGCCCAUCUACACCGGGCCAGACUUCCUGGACACAGCCUCCUUCAGGGUCAUUGUGGAGCUGCCUCGCUCCAUCUCUGUGCCCCCUUCCCCCUGUGAAGUCCCCCCAUCUGUCCCCACCUUCAAACCACUGUCCCCACACAGGCCACACACCCCCUCAGACAGGGUGACGGUCAGGCCGCUGGAUGAGGUGCCACCUGGGGAGUCCCCCACCGGCUCCAGUUCUCCUAGACGGGUGUUUUCUCAGCUCUCUAAGACUAGUCAGCUGGAGAGACGGUCAAUGCCAGCCAUGGGCUACAUCACACACACAGUCAGCGCACCAAGCUUACAUGGGAAAACGCCGGAGGAGCUGACCCUGCUGCUCAUUCAGCUCAGGAGUCACCAGGCCAAGAUGGCUGGUGUCCACGGCGACGCCCUCCACCACCUACAUCACAACGGCCUCCUAGGCCCCAGCCUGCAGGCAGAUGAUACUUACAUGCAACUGAAGAAGGACCUGGAUUAUCUCGAUCUGAAGAUCAAAAGUAUUGACCCGUUGAUCGUUAUGGUACACAAUGUGUUAGAAAACACCCCUCCAGGUUUUGGGUCCAGUUGGAAUGUUACAGGGCGUGAAACUCUGAAAGACAGACCAUCGAAACCUGUUAAGAUAGCAGAGAGCGAUGUUGAUGUGAAGUUAAGUCGACUGUGUGAACAAGACAAGAUCCUUCAGGAGCUGGAAACAACGAUACGCACGCUCAAGGAAGACAAGGACAAGUUGGAGUCCGUGCUGGACGUGUCCCACCAGCAGAUGGAGCAGUACCGGGACCAGCCGGCCCACCAGGAGAAGAUAUCCUACCAGCAGAGACUACUGCAGGAGGACGUGGUGCACAUCAGAGCUGAGAUCUCUCAGGUGUCCACGGAGAUGGAGAAUGCGUGGAACGAGUACAGCAGCCUGGAGAGAGAUGUAGGCUGGUUGAGGACAGCUCUGGAGGGCCAGAUGAACCGCAGUGGUCUCUCUCAGAAGGAAAAGUCCCAGAUCAAGAGGGAGUUGUGGAGGGUUGAAGACGUAAUAGCAGGCCUCAGCUCCAGCAAAGCCAACUACCUAAUCACCAUCUCCUCUGUGACCAACCCAGAGAGAAAACUUGUGCCUUCCGUGUCGCCGUCGUCAAUGCCUUCUCUGUCUGCCAGUCCCUCCCUGGGAGAGAUGAGACUGUCCCAGCAGCACAGCCCCCACCUCAGCCCCACAACCCCCACCUCCACCCAGCACACCACCGCAGCCCUCCCCAUGUCUGUGCCAAAAUGGGCAGAUGAGGGCGCCCCUCCCCGACCACCACUACCUCAGCUAUACAGUCCUGAGGACCACGCCCCGGCCGUGCCUCCGCCGCCCAGGGAAACCAGCGUCAUCAGACACACGUCUGUACGAGGCCUCAAACGACAGUCUGACGAACGCAAGCGGGACAGGGAGAUCGGCCAAUACACCAACGAAGACAAUAAGGUGGAGCUGCGCACCUUCCUGAGUGAACCUGAGCUUCUGGGAGUGGGAGGGUCUGGUCACAUGAGGAUGGGGGCCUUGGGGCAUGACGGUGGCUACCAGACCCUGCCAAGCAGAGGGCCGGCUGGCUCCUCAUCCAGGCUAAAUCAGUCCACAAACAUCUCCUCAUAUGUUACCCUCAGAAGAGGAGCCUCAGCCGCCUCAGGCCUGAAGGAGAGACCAAAGAGUGCCUUGGAGCGUCUGUACUCUGGGGAUGUGCUGCAGCAGCAGAGCAGGGGGAGGAUGAGUGCUGAGGAGCAGCUGCAGAGGCUGAAGAGGCACCAGAAAGCUCUGGUCCGCCAGCGCAAGAGGACCCUGAGUCAAGGAGAACGCCAGGCCUCCUCAUCAUCACAGCAACGCCCCCUUUCCGCAGACCUGGGCUCAUGGAGGCGAGAGCAGGAGUUUGACCUGCAGUUGCUGGAGCGGGCGGUGCAAGGGGAGGAGGCGCGGGGCGUGGUCCAGGGCGAGGAGUGUCCAGCAGAGCACAGUGAUAGACCUCGGUCCCAGUCAGACGAGUGGCUGACCCUCCGCUCUACAGCCACGUCCACACUUACCCAGGAGGCGGACCUGGAGACGCUGGACUAUGACCUGGACCUCAGCCGAGAGCUGGCCAAACCUCAGAAGGUGUUAAUCCCCGAGCGCUACAUAGACACAGAGCCUGAGGAACCUCUCAGCCCUCAGGAGGUGGAGGCUCGCCAUCGCAACAUGGAGCGCAUCAAGAACAUUCUGGCCAAGUCCAGUGUUCAGAUCCUGGCGGGGCCCUAUGUGGCGGUGGACAAGCCAGAGGUGCUGGGUCUGGACUCAGCCCUACUGAAGCAGGAGAGGAUCAUCACCAUGUCUUACGCCCUGGCCUCAGAGGCCUCCCUCAAGAGCAAACAGGUCGCAGUAGUACCACUGCACUCUAACAUCUCCACCAUCCCUCCACCUCCUCCUCCACUUCCUCCUCUUCUUCCUCCUGUCUCUCAGGCACCUCCCCCUCCUCCUCCUCUAAGCAACGGAUUUCACUUCUCGUUUGUCUAAUCAGAGAAAACAAACCAAAGCGCUUUCUGGACACUGAGGUGCUGUUCCAUGAUGACAAUACAACCUGGAUUCUUGAAGAAAGAAAGACUUUGUCUGGUUGUGACAGUUACACUGUAAUACAGUAGAUGAGUGUUAGUGAACAUUUAACCUCCCCUCAGUAGCACGCAGCAGGACUUACUCGCUGAUGCAUUUUUAGUAGCUAAAAUUAAGUAACUAUUUUCUUAAGAAAAUGUAUGUCUGCCGUGAAAGCUGCUGUGCAUAUUAACUUUGGAAGUGUCUGACAGAUGUUAAUCCCAUAAUAUAAAAUGUUUUAUACAUGUUAUUGCACUUUUAGCAUUAUACUGUAUCAUAGUAAAGAACUGAAAUAGAUAUUUUCAAGGUGAGAAUGCAGUGUGAUCUGAAUUUGGAGGGAACUUGUAUUUUUUCAAAAAAGUUAAUGAGAGUAUUCACCAACUGGAAGGUCGAUAUGAACAUGAUAUGGUACUGAACAUGUGUCAUGUUGAUUGUAUUUUGUCAAAACUCAGAUGAUAUUCUUACACCAAAUCACUUGAAAUGUAAUUUUUGUUUGUAUCUAGCACUGCCAGUCUCUUAUUGGCUUGCCAAAUGGAUUUUAUUUUUGCUUACAACAUUGGGAGGAGAAUAACAUUGAACAUAAUAUUUUCUGGACGGCUUGGGCAGGUUGCACAAUGAUAAUUAUUAAAAAUGUAAAUAUUAAAGAUAUUAACAUGA